UUCGAGCACAAUGGUUUCAUCUGGUCGGUCAAUGCUUUGUGUCUUUGUCGCAGCAGUUGCCUUAUCUGGCAUUCCCACUGAUGUGACGGCGAAAGUGCCAGAGUGCAAAACACCGGAACAGUUCGCCCACGGCUUCAACUGCACGUCCAACGGCAAAUGCAUCUUGUGGCAGGGCAGGUGCAACGGAAAUUACGACUGUGACGGGGUCGACUUCUCGGACGAAGAAAACUGUCGCCCAGAGGAGUGUAGGGUGAUGAUGAUCGGGACCCCGGGCCCUGCCGUUGGGACGUACUGUAAGAAGGACAAGACGUGCAAUUUGUUCAUUGAGCCGUGCUACGGGAAGUGUCCCCCUGGCGGGCACAAGUGUAAUUGGGCGGGCGGCCACGAAACGUGUUAUGAAGAGCGGUAUAAAUGCGACGGUGUGGAACUGUGUGACGAAGGAGAGGAUGAAAAAGGUUGCAAGCCAGAAGACUGCAAAUCCAGCACCCGUUUUUGCCAAUCCGAUUCGAAAUGCAUCGGCAAAUAUAUGCAGUGCUCCGAUGGAACUUGCCCAGUUGGGCAUAUUCCAUGCGUCACCACCGUGGGAACAAAGGAGUGCCCCGAUUUCAACCUACGCUGCGAUGGUCGCCGCAUUUGUUCAAACGGAGAAGACGAGGCGAACUGCACAGCAGAGGAGUGCAAAAGGGGAACCUGGUUUUGUGCCUCUGCCAAAACCUGCAUUUAUCCCAAUGAGAAAUGUGUUGGGGCUUGUCAAACAGGCUACACGUCCUGCGGCGACGACUCUGACGUCUGCAUUAUGAACGCGGCCAGAUGUGACGGCAACCAGGAUUGCCCUGGCGAGGGCGUAGACGAGAAAGACUGCCUUCCGGAAGACUGCCAGAGCCACGCCCCAUACUGUGCUGACACCAAGUCUUGCCUGCCAUGGACCGAGGCGUGCAACGGCGUUUGCCAGGCUUCAGGGGCGAUGUGUCCCAAUGGGCCCUGCGCAUUGAAUUACCUUCACCGUAAAGAUGUGCGCUGUACGGAAAGAGCGGUCUGCGAUGACGGAAGUGUCGACCCAAAUUGCUCGCCGAAGUCAUGCAAGCGUCUGAAAAUUAACAAUGCUGAGAUAUACAUAAUGCGAAAGCAUUUUAACCAUCGCCUGGAGUAUAGUGACGUUAAAGACCUGGGGCUUUUAACCUUGUACCGCUGGUGUGAUAAUCCGGGGGUCUGCGUCCCUAUCUACAAGAAAUGCCCAGACGGUUCUUGUCGCCUGGAAGACAAACCCUGCGGCGGCGGAGACAACUCCUGCUACGUCAGCAAGCUGAGAUGUGACGGCCACCGCGACUGUGCUGACGGCGCUGACGAGAGGAACUGCGCACCAGAGGAGUGCAGCAAGGGGCUACACCACUGUGCUGACGAGAUGGUGUGCAAGGCAAAGAACGCGCAGUGUGCGGAUGGAACCUGUCCCCAGGGAUCCACGGCCUGUAGUCCGGGUAUUUGCUAUAGCUCCCUUCAAAAAUGUAAUGGUUAUGCCAACUGCCCAGAUAAUUCUGACGAGAUGGGCUGUUAACUCGUUACUGACCUUUUAGACGUUGUCAAAAUAGGCCUACUUUUUAAUUCACCAAUUGCCAUUUGGAAGUUAAAAACGCAGAGUUAUUUCUGCCACGUCUGAAUAAUCUAUUUUAUGAAAAUAAACAAG